UUAGUUUACCACACUUAAGACCAAUCUCCACCGUCCAUUCUCACCCUUUUUAUACCCCGAUCCGAUCAGUUUAUACUCCUCUUUCUGUCUCUCGCCGUCUUGCUUGCUUCUGUGGUUCUUCUCUUCGACCCCUUAAGAAAGAAGAGAAGAUGUUUGGGAGAGCACCGAAGAAGAGCGACAACACGAAGUACUACGAGAUCCUGGGAGUGUCAAACAGCGCUUCGCAGGAUGAUCUAAAGAAGGCUUAUAGGAAAGCGGCCAUUAAGAACCAUCCGGACAAGGGUGGUGACCCAGAAAAGUUUAAAGAGUUGGCCCAAGCUUAUGAAGUUCUGAGUGACCCAGAGAAGCGUGAGAUCUAUGAUCAGUAUGGAGAGGAUGCCCUCAAGGAAGGAAUGGGUGGUGGUGGUGGUGGCCACGAUCCGUUUGACAUAUUCCAGUCCUUCUUUGGUGGCAACCCUUUUGGUGGUGGUGGAAGCAGCAGAGGCCGAAGGCAGAGGAGGGGCGAGGAUGUGGUCCAUCCCCUCAAGGUUUCUUUGGAGGACCUAUACAAUGGGACAUCCAAGAAGCUGUCCCUCUCUCGUAAUGCAAUCUGCUCCAAGUGCAAGGGUAAAGGUUCCAAGUCGGGUGCUUCAAUGAAAUGUUCUGGUUGUCAAGGUUCUGGAAUCAAAGUCUCCAUCAGGCACCUUGGCCCCUCUAUGAUCCAGCAAAUGCAGCAUGCUUGCAAUGAGUGUAAGGGUACGGGUGAAACCAUCAAUGACAAGGACCGCUGCCCACAGUGCAAGGGAGAGAAGGUUGUCCAGGAGAAGAAAGUUUUGGAGGUUAUUGUGGAGAAGGGUAUGCAGAAUGGGCAGAAGAUUACAUUCCCUGGAGAAGCUGAUGAAGCACCCGAUACUGUUACAGGGGACAUUGUUUUCGUUCUACAACAGAAAGAACACCCCAAAUUUAAGCGGAAGGGUGAUGACUUAUUUGUUGAACACACCUUGUCCCUUACAGAGGCACUUUGUGGCUUCCAAUUUAUAUUGAUGCAUUUGGAUGGUAGACAGCUCCUUAUUAAAUCUGAACCUGGAGAAGUAGUUAAGCCUGACCAAUACAAGGGUAUAAAUGAUGAGGGAAUGCCGAUGUACCAGAGGUCGUUCAUGAAAGGUAAAUUGUACAUUCACUUUGCAGUCGAAUUCCCAGACACCCUUAGCCCAGAGCAGUGCAAGACACUAGAGGCGGUGCUGCCUCCAAGGAGUUCGGUGCAGCUGACGGAUAUGGAGCUGGAUGAAUGCGAAGAGACUACACUGCAUGAUGUGAACUUAGAGGAAGAAAUGCGUCGCAAGCAAGCACAGGCCCAAGAGGCAUAUGAUGAGGAUGAGGACAUGCCUGGUGGUGCUCAGAGGGUCCAAUGUGCUCAACAAUGAUGAAUGAAUGAGCUGACCCAAAAAACAGGAAUGAUUUGGAUGGAGAACCUGGAAUUACUUAAAAUAAGUAUUAACAUCAUUGCCUUCUGUUACAGGGAGUAUUUAGUUAGAUUUUGGAUUGUUUUUGGAUUGUUGCCAUGUUAUCAAACAUGUACUGUGUGGGAGAUCUAAUGUUUGAAUUCUAGUUUACGUUAAAAACCAUGCUUGUUUGUUGGAGGUGUAUAUCUGUGUCAUCUGGAUGGUUAUUUUGCCAUCCGGAUGAUGUAUUUCAGGGAGGAGGCUAUAAGAACCCAUUUUAAGCUCG